CGAUUGAUGUGAAAAAAUCCCUGUGUUUUGUUGUUUAUGUGAAAAAUCUCUGCGGAAAUUCUGUGAAAAAGCGCUGCUACUUGUCGAGUAGAUCCUCAAGGUGCUGCAAUAUGUGCCGUAUACUGAUUUACGGCUGUCCGGGCUUCGAGAAGGUCACCUCGAAGAGCGACAAGACCACUCUUGUGUUUUGCAAACAGAGGACCGAACUCGUGAAGAUUGAGGGCGCUCCUGGGGCGGAAGAGACCUUCGCCACGGAGAUUCUCGUGCAUCACGACAUCCUGCCGGACACACACGAGAUCCUCUUCAUGCCAUCCAUUAAGGAUGAGCGCGAGGAUGUGAUUGACCUGGAUGAGCCCCAUGAGGAGUAUGUCGAGGCUCUGGCGACGUUCUCUGCCAAGGAAGAGUCCCAAUCUUCAGACUUUGACUUUGAGGACGACGUGAAGCCAAUUGUGAAGCCCAAAGUGAUGCGCAAGAAGCGCUCGAAGAGCAUCAAGUACGACUACAUCAUUGAGGAGGGUCGCGUGAAGUGCACGCUCUGCGCCAAGACACUGAAGACGCGGCGCAGCUUCCGCAGCCACAUGCGCCUGCACAGGCGGCAGCAGUUCCUCUGCGACAUUUGCUCCAAGACGUUCGUCAGUGUGGAGAAGAUCCGACGACACAUGCGCAUUCACACCGGCGAAAAGGAGUUCCUCUGUGAUCUCUGCUCCAAGUCCUUCGAUUACCGCCACAAUCUCGAAAUCCACAUGCGCUCGCACACGAAGGAGAGGCCCUACAAGUGUCACCUCUGCCCCAAGACCUACACCACGCAGGGCAACCUCAACUUCCACGUGCAGGGCCACGGGGGCCUCAAGAGCUACGUGUGCGAGAUCUGCGGCAAAGCGUGGAGCCGCAAGCGCAGCCUCAAGGCGCACCUCAACACGCACAACGAGCAGAAGUUGUUCAAGUGCGAACUGUGCGCCAAGGAAUUCUCGCAUCCAUCGUGCAAGAACCGUCAUAUGAAGGUGCACACUGGCGAGAAGAGGCACAAGUGCGAGAUCUGCUCCAAGGCGUUCGCCAGGCGUGACCACGCGCGCAAUCACAUGCAGCUGCACGUGAAGUGGGGCAAGGAUCAGAUAUAGGCCAGGCACGAUGGGGCGGACACCGCAGACUCCUCCGCCGCCCCAUCGCUGCCACUCUUCCCCGCGGACUUUCACUGACUCAGUCAAGAGAGAGAGAGAGAGCAUCGAACGAGCCCAGUUCUCCCCAUCUCAACUGACUAUACAUAGAUAAAUUGCGUCAAAUAUCAAAUAAUACCCUAGGUAAACGCGUUAAACAUAAGAGGACAUUCUUAGCGAGUAGAAAAGCUUGUAAAUAAUCCCAUAUUAUGCAUCACAAUAAAAAUAAUAAUAAUAAUAA